AUGGCCAGGAGCGGGAGGGAUCGAUUCGUGCGCUGCCGGCGGCGGCAGGCGGUCCACGGUGAUGACCGGAUUAGCGCCCUACCUGACGAUCUCCUCCUCGACAUCCUGGGCCGCCUUGACACCCGCACAGUUCGCGUCUCGAAGAUGCUGUCUAAGCGCUGGGCCGGUCUCCCCCGCGAGCUCCCCUUCCUCGAAUUCAGCAUCGGGGACAUACUCCCACCGCGCUACCAUCGAUGGGUCCUCCUUCAUCAGCUGGACUCCAAUGUAAGAGAUUUAAAGUACCAAUUCUGCACGGCCAAGGUGGAGAAGGUAAUCCCUCACAUCAGGAGGUACGAGAGGCGCGCCAUCCGCGCCUUGAACAGCUCAGUGGAGCGCCUCUUGGACUUGGAGGCGGCGGCCAGUGGUGUCGGGCGGAGGCGGAGGGUCAGUAGGCUGACGCUUGAGUUCUUGUCUACCCACAACAACGGCUGCAUCAACCGACUCAUCUCCACGGCCAUCGAUGCUUGGGAGGUCCAUGAUGUCGUGGCCGUUGCUAAGCCAGUCUACUCGCAACGCCGAAAUUUCCAUGCCUUCCCCAGCCACGGCAUCUGUGAGGACCCCCGUGCGUCACGCCUGCGAAGCCUCAAGCUCGGAGGCUGCGCGCUCCCGUCCCUGCACGGGCACGGCGCGCUCACCGUGCUCGUUCUGCAAGACACACCAAUGUCGACGCCAGAGUCGGCGUACGAGGGCAUCUUCACCUCGUGCCCGCAGCUGCGGGUGCUUCACCUCAUCUCUUGCUACAGCGCAGGCAAUGGGAAUGGGGACAUUACCGUAGACUCCCCCAUGUCAGAGCUGAGGGAGCUUGUUGUGGACAAUUGCAUCGGCUUCACACGGAUAUGCCUGAGGGCUCUUCCUCGACUCGAGCGCCUGGCAUCCCUGGGCACCAGAGUGCUCUUCGAGACCACCUCGUUUCCCUGCCUCAGGCAAUGCAACCUCACCCUGCACAUGGGUGUCACAGACGAAAUAGCUCGCCGAUACUUUGCGACACGCCUCAAGCUCAAACUUAGCGUCUUUGUGGGACGCAUCCCGGACGUAACGGACCUGAUUGUUCGCUUCACUGGACCUGACAGAUGGAUCGUGCCAUCCGUUUCCUCGCCGUCCCUGCUGCCUAAUCUCCGGCGUCUGCUGGUCGCCGACGUGCCUCGGUGCUGGGACGUCUCGUGGCCCCGUCUCCUCCUUGAGACGGCGCCUUCCCUCGAGACCCUCCAUGUCCACAUUGCCCCGCCGCCCUGCCAAGGGGAAGAGCAACCCAGCAGCGGCGAUGAGAUAUCGUGGCAGCCCGCCAUGCUGCCUGGGCACCGUCACCUCAAGGAGUUUGUGAUGGUUGGUUUUGAGGGGACGGAGAGGCAGGUUUACCUCGUCAGGUUUGUCAUGGCAGUAUGCAGCACGGCGUUGCGCCAUGUCGCUGUGUUCAAGAAGGGGCAUGUUCGGGACAAGGGCCACUGGGACUGGGAGAUGGUAACGCAGCAGCAACACUCACAGUGGACCGACGAGGAGAAGGACAGGACGCUUAAGCAGAUCAUGAAUAAUGGGGUUCCUUCUUCCUCGGCCGCUUCUCCGGUUAUAGUUUUUGGCUGA